AUGAUUAGACAUUUCGAAAUUUUUACAGUUGAGCGUCGUCUGGUUCAAAUUUCUCAACUUUCUUCUCUAAAAGACACUCGUCUUGGAAUUGACGGUACACAUUGGCUUAGGAAACUUUUGCAAACCUCUGCAAAGGAAUCUGCGACCACGGCACUAGGCGGAAUACCAAUUGGAUUACGAUCAGCAAUAGAAAAGGAAUUAGAAUUAAUCAAAUCAUACGGAAUUACGCCAGUUUUUGUGUUUAAUGGACUUAAUAUAAUUCGAAAAGAUAAACCAUUCUCAACGGAGGAUACAAGACCCUCGAAACGUGCUCAAGCUUGGGAAGCUUAUGAGAAGGGUCGAGUGGAACAAGCUUACAGUAGCUGGGCAUCAGCAGUGUCUGGAUUCGUGCAUCAACCAGACUUGUUAUAUCUUGUUUUCAGUAUUUUGAAGGAGAAUGAUGUGGAAUUUAUGCGUGCUCCUUAUUUGGCUUGGGGACAGUUAGUGUAUUUAGAACGUCAUCAAAAAGGAUUCAUCCACGCAAUCUACGGUGGAUCUGAAUUAUUGAUGUAUGAUGUUGACAAAGUUAUCAUAAACUUGGAUUUAGAGAAAGGUACAUACUCUUGGCUCAACAAGAAAUCAAUUUUGAAUGACCUUGAUAUAACAGACGAACAAUUUCUUGAUGUUUGUAUUCUUGCGGGCUUUGAAUAUUGUAUCACCUUCCCGCCUCUUAGUUCCGAUUAUAGCGGCUUCACCUUUAAAAGUGUUCAUGAUUUAAUUAAGCAAUAUCGUACUGGAUUCAAUGCUGUUCAAAGCUAUGGGAAUCACGCGGGAGUGACCAAACACAAUUACGCAGAAGUAUAUUGUCGCACCAGGUGUGCCAUAAAAUUUCAUAUGGUGUUGACAGAUGAGGGAAAGGUCGAAUCAUUGAACCUCGAAAAUGCACCAAGUGAUAUUCAUGAUGUCAUUGGGUAUCGUUUACCUGAUGAAGUAUAUUAUUAUUUAUCCAAGGGUUUAAUGUCACCUCAGGUUAUUAACACUUUAAUUUCUGGUGUCCUGAUUGAAAAUUCGCCUUUGUGCAAUGGAGAAACUAUAGAGUAUAAAAAUUUCCUUGGUCAAUUACUUGAGCUCCGAACGCAAGCCAUGAGUUUGCUCACGCAGCCUUUGCACCAGUUUUAUCAAUCUAGGCGAGUUGUUAGUGUCUAUUGGUUUGAGCCAGGUAACGAACACCAUUUAAACCAUGGUGCACAGCCAAGCGUACAUGAAACUUUAAAUACUUGGAACGUUUUGGAAAGAGGAUUGGAAGAAGAGAAAAAGGCGCAAAAGACAUCCGUUAUCGAUAUUGCUUUCUGUUUGAAAGCAACAGCUACGGAGGAUCAGGCUGUCAAAACGGUGAUGCCAAAAAACAAUGAUAAAAUUAUUGAAUCUAAAGAUGAAAUUUUGGCUAAUGUGUUGUGGAAACUUUUGGACCUAAGGAAGUUCUUGACUUCAUCACAUACGCAUACUGCGUGGGGUAUUGCAUUUAAAAAGGCUCUAGCUACAUUCAAGCCUAACGUUAGGUCACAUCAUGAACAAUUAUUCUCUGCAUUAGAAUUAAUACGUUUUGGAUAUUUGAAUGGUAAUAAUCUUAGCAGAACGUAUUAUACAUCAUCAAUCGCUGUUAACGAUGAGGAGAAAAGACAUAUCCUCCUCCUUUCAAGGACUCUGAGUUUAAUCCCUGCAAAGUUCAAGGGAGUUUCUUGGAAUGGACCACUUAGCCGAGAGCUUUUAGCUUUUAAUAGCUUUGUAAGAGCAUUGAAUCGUUCUUUGCGAAAUUUGUGUGAAAUGUUAACUUUAUCAAUGUUUCUUAAUGGGGAUUGUGUUAGAGAUAGACAGGAUCUCCUUGAAAUCGCUUUAAGUUUACCAUUCUUGUAUGAUGCCAAUACAGGAAUGGGAAUAAUCGCUAAAACGUACCUUGAAACUGUAAUUAAGCUAUCAAAAGAUAAUGAUAGCAAGGGCUCAACGAGAUCACACGUAUCUGAAGCGUUAAAGAAACUCGAUGAAACUUUUACGGGGUGCAUAAAUGUGAAAGUAGAUUUAGAGAAUGGACUUGCAUUUUGGGAUGAGGUUAUGAUCGCGAUAAAUUCUCUCAAAGCAAGUGGGGCUAUUUCUAAUGAAACUGCAUCGCAAUUCAUAAACACGAACAAUUGGUUAUCUUCUAGAAGACCAUAA